AGUCAUUUCAUCGUCAAACUGCAGCCUCUCGUUUCCCUCCAGCGAGAUAUCAUAUUUACGGGAACUGGUUCGCGCGCGCUCGAGUUAGGAGUUGCAGAACGAUAAAGGUGAAGGUUAUACAAAAUGCAAACCAGAGCAAUAGUAUCGGCAGCACCGAGUACUGCCAUUUUUCACACUACUCGCCAGCAACUCGGGGUAUGCAAUCGUCACCGUUGGUUCCUCUCCAUCAAUUCGCCGCCGCGAACGUGUCAUCUUAACCUCGCACAAUCCAAUCCGAAACGAAACCGUUUGAGUUUUGUGUUCAUCACUAGGGCUGCAGAUUCAACCCAGCCUUCCCCCUCAGUCUCUGUCGAUAAAACUGUCGUUCCUGACGAUGGAUUCUCUAUCGCUAAGGUAUCGUUUUUGGUUUUUGUCUUCUAUUUGUCGAUUUUAGAAUUAUUCUCUGUUGAUAAUAUGGUCACGGUGCUCUAUUAUGCGGAACUCAAGCCAGCUUGCUUGACUUAUUUAGAGGCCCAAACAUUAAGGGAGACAUGUGCCACUCCGGUCCUUAAGCAGGUUAGGAGUGAUGUUACAAGAUACCGUUAUGGGGACGAGCAGCAUUUGGAUGAGGCACUUAAACGAAUUUUCCAGUAUGGCCUGGGUGGAGGAAUCCCACGGAGAAGUGCACCUAUUCUACAAAUGAUCCGUGAGGAGAUCACGGAUGAUGGUAAAUACUGUCUAGUGCUUGCGUUUGAGGCUAAGGCUUUGCAACUGUCAGACUUUGAGAAAAGACAGGAAAAAUUUGCUUCAUUUUUUGGGCCAGGGAUCACCGCACAAGUUGGGAAGGGAGAGAACGAUCAUGUGUACGAAGUUCGACUCAUUUCCAACGCAAGCUCCGAAGGGUCAAGUUCAUGAAGUUCAUGAAGAUUCCAUCUGGUCAUGUUUCUGAUCUUGUCCUGUGGAAAUUUUGUACAUGUUCAGAUUCAUCACGGAUUAUACACUUCUGAAUCAGUAUAGAACAUUGGAGAAAUAGGAAGUAACGCAGAUGGUAAUGGAAAAACGAAAUUGCCAUA